UGGAGCCAAUUAGAAAUUUACACUUUACCCAGUUGAAUUUUGUUUUUGAACAGUACCUGCAUGUGACAGGAACCCAGGAGUCUUUGAAGGAGUCCACUGAGAGAGAGUGUGUGUGUGUGUGUGUGUGUGUGCAUGUGCCCACGUGCGCGAGUGAGCCUCGAGUGGGAGAGACCAUCAUGUUUGUGUGUGAGAAGAAACCUAGUGGUGUGGUUGUGUGUGAGACCAAAGCGAGCAGGGAGGAGACCACGUGAAGCGUCCAUUGUCCCCUGAAGGCUUGCAGGGCCUCUCUGGGACCGUGGUGUAUGUGACCGCAUUUGAGGUGCCUUCCUCGGGAUGUGGGUUCUUGGGAUUCUGUCCUCUGUGGUCAGGAAGUGGGUGAGAUCCCGUGUCCGUGUUGGCGCGUCACCCUGUAUGCUCAGAGCUGGCCCCGAGUGACUGACGUGUAGGGGGACACUACUGGGAAGGUGGAUAGCACGACCUUCUUGAUGUGUGUUGGGAUUUGGUAUUGUGUGUUGCUCAGGUGACACUCCUAGACCAGAAUUCCCUGCUCCCCGUUCAAGAAUUCCAGUAAAAAGCAAUAGGUGGGGUGACUGACCGGAGAAGGAGACACCCUCAGUUCUGGGUGCCAAAAAGGAGGGCACACGAAGGGACCGAAGGCGGAGCCCUGUCCUCUGGGACACUGCCGUUCUCCAAGAGAGAAGCCAGGAAGGGAAGGCAGAGAUGACUGUUGAACUAGUGAAAGCCAUAUCCCAGGACUUGGUGACAUUCAAGGAUGUAGCAAUAGACUUUUCUCAGGAGGAAUGGGAAUGGCUGAACCCUGCUCAGAGAAGUUUGUACAAGAAUAUGAUGUUGGAGAACUAUCGGAACCUGGUAUCACUGGGACUUUGCCUCUCUAAGCCAUAUGUGAUCUCCUCAUUGGAGCAAGGGGGAGAGCCUUGGGAAAUAAAGAAUGAGAUGACAGAAAGCCCAGAUUUGGAAUCUAUGUAUGAGACACACGAAUUAUCUCUGAAGCACUUUGUGUAUGAUGAUGUGUUAAUGGAGAGAAUUACAGGCUAUGGACUGGAGCAUUCUACUUUCAGCGAAAACUGGAAAUGUGAAGAUCUUUUUGAGAGGCAGUUGGUAAGUCAAGAGACAUUUAUCAGGCAAGAAGUAAUCACUCAUAACAAAAUCCUCACCGAGGAAAUAGAUCACAAAUGUAACAAAUCCAACAAAUUUGUCCAUCUAGACAAUGUAGAGGAAAAUGUUUAUAACCAUAAAUCAGAUAAAAAAAGCUUUUCUCAAAGUUCCAUGGUAGUAAAACCCAAGAAAGCAUAUUCAGGAAAGAAACUUUUUAAAUGUAAUGAAUGUGAGAAAACCUUUACCCACAGCUCCUCCCUUACCGUUCAUCAGAGAAUUCAUACUGGUGAAAAACCAUAUGAAUGUAAAGAAUGUGGGAAAGCCUUCAACCAGAGUCAGCACCUUGUUCAACAUCAUAGGAUACAUACUGGAGAGAAACUCUUUGAAUGUAAAGAGUGUAGGAAAGCCUUCAGCCAAAACGUGCACCUUAUUCAGCAUCAAAGAAUUCACACGGGAGAAAAACCGUAUAAAUGUACGGAAUGUAGAAAAGCCUUCAGCCAACCUGCACACCUUGCUCAACACCAGAGAAUUCAUACUGGGGAGAAGCCAUAUGAAUGUAAGGAAUGUGGGAAAGCCUUCAGUGACGGCUCAUCCUUUGCCCGGCAUCAGAGAUGUCACACCGGCAAAAGACCUUAUGAAUGUAUUGAAUGUGAGAAGGCCUUCCGGCAGAACACGUCCCUUAUUCGUCACUGGAGGUACUACCACACUGGGGAGAAGCCUUUUGAUUGCAUUGAUUGUGGGAAGGCUUUCAGUGAUCACAUAGGCCUUAUUCAGCAUAGGAGAAUUCAUACUGGAGAGAAGCCCUACAAAUGUAAAGUGUGUGGAAAAACCUUCAGUUAUGGCUCAUCCCUUACCGUCCAUCAGAGAAUUCACACAGGAGAGAAACCUUAUGAAUGUGUCAUCUGUGGGAAAGCCUUCAGCCAUCAUGCCUCACUCACACAACACCAAAGAGUGCAUUCUGGAGAGAAACCUUAUAAAUGCAAGGAAUGUGGGAAAGCUUUUAGACAGAGUAUACACCUUGCUAGUCACUUGAGAAUUCAUACUGGUGAAAAACCUUAUGAAUGUAAAGAAUGUGGAAAAGCUUUCAGCAUUAGUUCACAGCUGGCUACUCAUCUGAGAAUUCAUACUGGAGAGAAACCUUAUGAAUGUAAGGAAUGUGGCAAAGCUUUCAACCAGAGGGCACACCUUGCCCAACAUCAUAAAAUUCACACAGGAGAGAAACCUUAUGAGUGUAAGGAAUGUGGCAGAGCCUUCAGCCAGACUACCCGCCUUAUUCAACAUCAGAGAGUUCAUACUGGAGAGAAACCCUAUAUAUGUAGUGAAUGUGGAAAGGCUUUUAGUGACAGCUCAUCCCGUUCUCAGCAUCGGAGACUCCAUACGGGCCAAAGGCCCUAUGAAUGUGUUGAAUGUGAGAAGGCAUUUAGAACAAAAUCCUCCCUUAUUUGUCAUCAAAGAUGUCAUACUGGGGAGAAACCUUAUGAAUGUAGUGUAUGUGGUAAAGCCUUCAGCCAUCGCCAAUCUCUUACUGUUCAUCAGAGAAUCCAUUCUGGAGAAAAACCGUAUGAAUGUCAGGAAUGUGGGAAAACCUUCAGCCAGAUUGGACACCUUAAUCUACACAGAAGAAUUCAUACUGGAGAGAGGUCUUAUGAAUGUAAGGAAUGUGGGAAGGUCUUCAGACAAAGUGCACACCUUACUCAUCAUCAGAAAGUUCAUGCUGUAGAGUCCUCUCAGCCACGCAGCUCUUCCCCACCCCAGAUCUCACCAAGCCCUGUGGAUAUAUCUGCUAGAUAUUUUUGGAAUUCAUCCACUUUCAGUUCUCAUUGCCCUAGUCCAAAACACAGUCAUUUCACGUGGACUAUUCCAGUAUAAAAACUAGUCUUCCAUUCUGUUUUAUUCCCUUCAAGUUCAUCCUUCACAAUAUUGCCAUGGUGGUCUUUUAAAAAUGUAAAUGUAAUUAAACGACCCUCCUCUUAAAACCCUGGUUAUGAAAAUGUAAACUAUUCGAUGCGUAUAAAGUGCUUAGCAUAGUGCCUGACCCAGAGCAAGUAGUACUUGGUAAAUGUUAAGGCGGUGUCAUUAAGAGUCUGCUUAAAAUUAUUUUUAAACAGUGAACUCUGGAAAGCAGUAUAUCAGUACUAGGAGAUUAUGAUAAUUUUGGAACUGAAACUAUAUCUUAAGGUGGAUAAUGAGGAUUAGCACGUAGUGUUUUUAAAGUUUAAUGUCCUAACAGAAUAGCAUAGUGGAUUUCUUGUGCCUCCGAAUCUGUAUUCUUUGUUGCUGCAGAAAUUCAGUGUGAUCUGAUACAUAGAAUAUGUUUUAGGAAAUGUCUAGAGCUCUGGCUAAUACUGAAACAAAAGAAUUAGAAUUCACUGGUAAGAAGUAUGACUGUGUUUAAUCAAGGCAAAAAAUAAAAAUUCCUUAAUACUGAAAACUUAAACAGUAGAGACCUUGAAUAAUCUAGCCUAUUUUAAGAUACCUGGGUUCACAGAUUAAUUCCAAACUUUCAAGGAAUCACUAAUUAAACUGUUGUAGAGUAUAGAAAAAAUAUUUAAAAUGCAAUACUUUGAAGUGUUUGGAAUCCUUCUUUCAUGAGGCUAGUUCAAUUCUGAUAUCAGCUCCCCCCAAAAAUGAAAUGAUAGAUUAACUUACUUAUGGUUCUGUAUAGAAAAGAAAUUAUUUUUUUAUUUUUGUAAAGAAAAAUUUUAAUGUUUAUUUUUGAGAGAGAGAGAGAAAGAGCAGGGGAGGAGCAGACAGUGAGGGAGACCCAGAACCCGAAGCAGGCUCCAGGCUCUGAGCUGUCAGCACAGAGCCCUAUGUGGGGCUUGAACUCACAAGCUGUGAGAUCAUGACCUGAGCCAUGAAGUUAGAUGCUUCACUGACUGUGCCACCCAGGCACCCCUAGAAAGGAAAUUAUUAAUUUCAACUGAAGGAGACUGGAGGUUCUGAAUAAAUGGAGAUCCAUAUAUGUUUCUAGAUGGAAGUUUCAAUAUUGUAAAGAUGUCUACAUUCACUCAAUUCCAGUCAUGAUUACUAGGAUAUUUUUUACAUUGACAGUUUUGUUCCGAAAAUCAUGCACAGCGGUAAAUAGGCUAGCAUUACAGGAAACUUUUGGAAAAGAUCAUAUACCCAUGAAUUCAGUUUGUUGCAAAAGUAGUAUUGUUUUAAGUUUCUGUUUAUUUUUAAGUUAUCUCUACACCCAGUGUGGGGGACCCCGAGAUCAAGAGUCACAUGCUCCUCCAAAGGAGUCAGCCAGGUGCCCUGCAAAAGCAGUAUUUUUGAUACAUCGCUGGGGGAGAUGGAUUAUUAUAGAUGGUGUUUGGCAGUUAGUUAUCCAACUGGAAGUAAAGUCAAAUUCACAUUUUACUCCUUACAGAGAAGUUCACUGAAUAUGGAUUAAAGAUGUAAUAGGAAACACAAUAUUAAGAUUUUAGAAGGGACUAUAGAGUAUUCGUAACCCUUUGAGUUCAGGGAGACUUGGUAAGGUGGAUACAGAGUCCAGAAGUCAUGAAAAGAGGGUGACAGAAAGGAGCACAUAAAAGACUUAGAGCUUUUCCAUGGUACAAGACACUAUGCUAAGUUAAAAGGAACAUGACGGGUUGGGAGAUCUUUAAACAUAUACAUAUUAUGAAGGCCAUAGCCCUUCUAAAAAGAGCUGUUGAGAAGCAGCAAGGAUAAGAAACAGUCUGACAAAGCACAUCAACAAGCGACUCACAGAUGGUGAAAAUGAAAUCGUCAAAUAAAAUCGUGGAAGUUCCUAACUGCAACAAUGAUCACAUAAAUUGAAAUUUCAAAAAGCCCUUGACACCAACAUAAACCAGCCCCGAUUUUAUGAAUAAUAUCCAGUACUGUUGCAGAUGUGAAGAAUAUAUUUUUAUAUAUUGGGAAAAUAAAUUGAUUAAAAGCUAUCUUCAGAGCUAAUUUGUUACCCGUCAGCAUUUUAAAUGUUGACUAAUCCCUGCUGCAUUUCUAAAUCUAGGAAUUUAUUUUCUUGAAAAGCACAAGUGCAGAAAUACAGAUGCAUAUGCACAUUAAUUAUAGAAUUGCAAGAAAUUUCGAGCAGCUUAAAUGUCCAGCACUAGUAAACUAGUUACCUAAUCAGUUAAUUUAUAGAAAAUUCAGUAGGUUAUAUAGUUACUGAAAAGAAUGGGGUAGAUUUUCAUACAGAAAGACCUCUUAUAAUUUACUAAUUGAGGGUGUGAUUUUCAUAACUAUAAUAUAAUUGCAUGAUUACAAAUACCUAAAAUUUAUAAAGUUAAAAUCAUGAAAAAAACAUACAUAUCAGAUACUUUUGUCUGCAAUACAAAUUGAAGCCGCACCCACAGAAAUACAUGUAGACUUUUCCUCUGAUGUCAUUAAGUGAGGUUUCGUUUGUGUUGCCAUUUGUA